AUGCAGAAAUACGAAAAGCUGGAGAAGAUUGGGGAAGGUACCUAUGGAACAGUAUUCAAGGCUAAAAACCGGGAGACUCAUGAGAUCGUGGCUCUGAAACGGGUGAGGCUGGAUGACGAUGAUGAGGGAGUGCCGAGUUCUGCCCUUCGGGAAAUCUGCCUACUCAAAGAGCUGAAGCACAAGAACAUCGUCAGGCUUCAUGAUGUCCUGCAUAGUGACAAGAAGCUGACUUUGGUUUUUGAGUUCUGUGACCAGGACCUGAAGAAGUAUUUUGACAGCUGCAAUGGUGACCUAGAUCCUGAAAUUGUAAAGUCAUUCCUUUUCCAGCUGCUAAAAGGCCUGGGAUUCUGUCACAGCCGCAAUGUGCUGCACAGGGACCUGAAGCCCCAGAACCUGCUCAUUAAUAGGAAUGGAGAGUUGAAAUUGGCUGAUUUUGGAUUGGCUCGAGCCUUUGGUAUCCCUGUUCGCUGUUACUCAGCUGAGGUGGUCACGCUGUGGUACCGUCCACCGGAUGUCCUCUUUGGGGCCAAGCUUUACUCCACGUCCAUCGACAUGUGGUCAGCCGGCUGCAUCUUUGCAGAGCUAGCCAAUGCUGGGCGGCCUCUCUUCCCUGGCAAUGACGUAGAUGACCAACUGAAGAGGAUCUUCAGGCUGCUGGGCACUCCCACUGAGGAGCAGUGGCCCACCAUGACCAAGCUGCCAGACUAUAAGCCCUACCCAAUGUACCCGGCCACCACGUCACUGGUGAACGUCGUGCCAAAGCUCAACACCACAGGAAGAGACCUGCUGCAGAACCUCCUCAAGUGUAACCCUGUCCAGCGAAUCUCAGCAGAAGAAGCCCUGCAGCAUCCCUACUUCUCUGACUUCUGUCCACCCUAG